CUUCAUUCAUUAAGUCCCACAUCAAAUAAAUAAAGCCCACUCACUCUUCUUGAUCUGUCUAAUUUUGUUCCAAAUUGAGAUCAAUGGCUUCAAGAUUGUCUCUUUGUUCAUCUCCAAUGGCUGCUACAUUCAUGGGAUCAAGGGUGGGCUGUCUAACAACUAGUAAACUGGUGAUGAUGUGUUCCAAGAAUCAUACUCACACUAGAGCAUCUACCAAGAACAAGAUUUUCGAAGAUCGAUCGGCUGGUAUUGUUUGCUACAGAGAUGAGAAUGGAGAGAUAACAUGUGAAGGCUACGAUGAGGGCCCUCGUUUUCAUCAGAAUAUUUCAAGAUUCAAUCACAAUCAAAGAGAUGUUGAGAUAAUUGAACUCCUUCAAAGAUGUUGGCUACAAGUGGCUGAAGAGAGUCAUCAAGACAAUGGAGGGGAGAGUUAACUGUUUCAACAGAUUAUGUUUACAAUUAUUGGAUAUGCAUAUAAUAAGAAUCAUUCCCACUUACAUACUUCAUUAUAUGGUGUGCUUUUGUUUGGUUUUCAUUCUGGUGGUGUGUAAUUUGAUAAUCUGGAGUUCUACUAUAUAUUUCUUGUUCCUUUCAA